GGGCGUGCGGGGUGUGCAGACCGGGGGUAGAGCCUUAUAGAAGCAAUUCCGGGCCAGGUGAGAGAUGUGGUCCGUUACUUGAACUUCAUGUACAUGGCGCCUAUGUGAAAGUGCCGAAGAAAUGGUCAUGUCCCCAAAACAUCAUCUUCCAAGCCAGCGGCUUGCGAAGAGGCCAGCGGUGGAAAGCAGCUCACUGCAUUUCGCCGACUCACAGGCUGAAACCGUCACAUCCGGUUCCUCUGAGCUUCAACAAGAUGCUAGUCGGCGCGCGAGUGAUACAUCAACUUCGUCUUCGUUUCUCCGUCGUCGAUUUAGCUCAGCAUGGGUGCAACGGCGACGUUCCGGGGACGAGGAGGGUACAAGAGGACCCCUUGGUCUUCAUUUGUUAUUCUCCUCACCAGAGCCUCUGAUCGACGUUAUAUUCGUUCAUGGACUUCGCGGUGGCUCGAUCAAAUCAUGGCGAAAGGGGACGGACCCGAGGUUCUUUUGGCCUCAAUGCUGGCUUCCGGUCGAACCAGGCUUCCGGCACGCCAAUAUUCACAGCUUUGGGUACGACUCUGACUGGGGCAGUACGAAACCCAGUAUCUUAAACGUCCACGAUUUCGGGCGUUCACUAUACGAGGAGAUGCGAGUAUCACCUCACUUGAGAGAUCGCACGACAAAUCCAAUAAUCCUGGUCGGUCAUUCGAUGGGUGGCCUUGUCAUCAAGAAGGCAUACACCUUGGCUCAUCGAGACAAAGCGAAAGACCAGUUUUCUCAGCGAAUUCGGUGCCUUUUCUUCUUGGCCACACCGCAUCGGGGGUCCGACUACGCCGCGGUCUUGAAUCAGGUGCUGAGAGUCUCAGGAAUCAUGGUGCCACGCGAAUAUAUAAACGACCUUACAAGUGGCUCUACAUCAACACAAAUUAUUAACGACGAUUUUGGGAGGUACGCUAAUGAGCUACUCGUUUAUUCAUUCUACGAAACAUUACAGACAAGCCUUGGCGGGGUCUCAUCAGUUAUGAUAGUGGAAAAAAAUUCCGCGAUUCUCGGUCCCGGUUUUAGCGGCGAGCGCGUGCAGUACCUCAGUGCAAACCAUCGAGAUAUUUGCAAGUUCGACAGUCUGGAGGAUUCAAACUACAUCACCUUGAAGAAUGCUCUUGAGACCGCUGUGCAUGACUUACUAAAGGAUGUUUUCGUAUCAAAUGAACAGAAGUUCAAAGCACAGUUGCGAGUCCUGCAGACAUUUCUAGGUGUAUCGGGGAUUCCUGAUGAGCAAUAUGAGAAACUCGAAGGGUCGUGCCGGUGGAUUGAAGACCGUGAUGACUUCAAGGAGUGGAGAGACUCUCCUGAUAGCUUUGACGAUGACCAAGUUCAGAGCCCGUUGAUAUACUGGGUCAACGCAAACCCAGGUGCAGGUAAAACUGUCCUGGCUGGCCAUGUGGUAUCACAGCUUAAAGAGUUUCGCAUGCAGCAUGCUUCAUAUUACUUCCAUUUUGGAAAGAAGGCCUCUCAAUCUCUGGCCGGGAUGUUACGGUCGAUUGCGUACCAGAUGGCCAGUGGCAAUGCAGCCAUACGGGAUGCCCUUCUCAAGAUCAACGACGAGGGGUCAUCUUUUGACCAAGACGAUGCUCGUGCGAUCUGGUCUAAGAUCUUCCGUGCCGGGCUUUUUCAGACCUCCGUAAUCACUCCCCAGUAUUGGGUUGUAGAUGCUAUCGAUGAAUGCGUCAAGUACACAGAGUUCUUCACUUUGCUCAGAAGCACCCAAACCCGGUUCCCACUUCGGAUCUUCAUCACCAGUCGGAAGGUGGCUGAGAUGCCUAGGGUAUUGAAGCAGAUGGAGGGGCUCGUAAUGUCGCUCGUCGAGAUACCAAUACCUGACACGAUGAGAGACAUUCAAUCAUAUGUGGAAGCCCGGAUGGACCUCCUCCCAAUUGACAGUGUCGAUGAGAAGAAUAGACUUUCCGGCAUGAUCCUUGGGAAGUCAGGCGCAUCUUUUCUAUGGGUUCGGCUUGUCUUGGAUGAACUCCAGGGUGUCUAUGGGUACGAAAGCAUCUUGCAGGUCCUACAGGAGAUUCCUGAAGGCAUGGUACCAUACUAUCAGAGGACAGUCGGGGAGAUGGCCGAUAACAAGCGAGAGAAGCACAUCGCUAAAGCCAUGCUCAUGUGGGUGGUCACAGCUGCUCGACCGUUAUCUAUUUCUGAGUUAUCUGAGGGACUGAAGCUUGACAUCAACGUACAUCUGCCCAGUGCAAGGUCUGCCAUUGAAGGGCUGUGUGGACAGCUUGUCACGGUUGAUGAACAAACUGGCAUGGUGCAUCUGGUGCAUUCCACCGCAAGAGAAUUUCUCUUAUCGCCUGCCGCUGGUGAAUUUUUCAUCUCAAGACCCGAGGCGCACGAAAGAAUGGCUUUGAAUUGCCUUCGGCUUCUUUCGAGUGCCGAGAUGCAGCCUCCGCGAAAUAGGAGGUUACUUGGUCAACACCGCCCUGGGCAAAUCAAGCGGCCGGAGUCGAAAUUGAUGGACUACGCAAUCAGCCAGUUCUCCGAGCAUGUGUUUGGCGCUUCGGCAGAAAAUGAUGAAGUCCUAGCUGCCCUGGACCGCUUCUUUGCCACAACGGUUCUUUCAUGGAUUGAAAAGGUUGCGACCAAGAAGGAUAUCCAUCUUUUGAUACGAGCGUCAAGGAACCUCAGGGCCUACCUCGACCGAAGUUUGAAAUAUCGCUCACCGUUAAAUCGGCAAGUCAACAAUGUCGAAAGGUGGGCCACAGACUUGAGCAGGUUGACGGCCAAGUUUAGCAGUGCUCUCAUGGCGAGCCCCCAGUCGAUUCAUUUCCUAAUACCACCGAUGUGUCCCACUGAAUCGGCAAUCUGUCGACACUUUGGGCGAUCGCCAGAUGGUCAUGGCCUGGUAUUAGCAGGUCUAAAUAACUCUCAGUGGGACGACUGCAUCGCGAAUAUUAGCUUCGACCAAGAAACAUCAGCGGCGGUAGCUUGUGGCAAUAAUCUAAUCGCUGUCGGGUUUGAGUCUGGCAGCGUCCAUUUGUAUAACCAACGCAGUUUCCAACAGGAACAAGUCAUCUACCACGAAUUUCCCGUGGACCUUAUACAUUUUGAUCCACUCGGAUCAUUUGUCGCUUCAUGCAGCACAAAGUUCGUUGCCUUGUGGGAUAUGAAGGGAAACUUACUCUGGAAGACAAGACUACGAACUCGUUGCAUUUUACUCUCCUCUUCUCCAAACUUCAUCCUUGGAGUCACACAGCAAGGCACAUCCUUUAAGUGGGACAUUGCCUCUGGUAGUCUCCUUGAGAAGCAAUCCUAUACUUAUCAGCCUCCAGACCCAGACGCAGCACUGCAGUCGGACCUUGUUAAAGCACCGUAUGCGGCUUCGGUGUCGCCUGAUCUUGAGACGCUCGCGCUUGCCUACCGAAAUGGGCCAAUAUGCAUGUUCGACUUGCAGAGUGAGGAUUUUAUUGGGUGGGUGAUGGAUGGUUACAAUCGUGCCCCUGCUCAGCUGAUGUUCAAUCCAAACCCGGAUGUUGGUCUCCUGCUUGUGGCGUACAACGAAUCACACCUCGGACUCUACGACUCUUGGUCGGGCGGCAUGAUACAUAGCUUGGAGCCUGAGAAACCUGCAGCCUUCAUAUCGGUGGCAUCUUCACCCGAUGGUCGAACUCUUGCGACUGUGGAUAUUCUUGGAAAUUUGCGCAUCUUGGAUUUCAAAUCCCUCACCAUCCUGUACCAUGUAAUGACCCACACUCCUUCAUUUCGGAUCUUGGAGUUCACAUCCGACGCAUUCAAUCUAGUCGAUGUCGUGGGUUCCGAAAUGAGAGUUUGGUCCCCAUCGGCGCUUGUGAGAAAAACAGUUGAGGAAGAAGCUAGCAUGAGCGAGCAAGCAGCCGUGCUACCGAUAGCAGAGGGCCAACAUGACCUAACGCAGUCCUCCAGGAUCAGGCAUGUCGUGGCUCAUGAGCUUUUGCCUGCGGCAUUCGCGGGAAAGCACAGCGGCGAGGUAUGGGUAUACAAUACCAAGAGCGGUCGGCAAGCCGAUGCCCGGGUUCUAUAUUCGCAUCAGCCAGGCGCCUCUAUCAAGUGUCUUGCGGUGAGCCAAGCAGACUUGAUGGCCUCGGCGGAUAUCAACGGCGUGGUCCAAGUUUGGCAGCUCUGUGUGGUGCAGCCAACGGCAAUUACGACCUCGAAGCUACGAUUCCGGGUUCAGUUAACAAGGCCAGUUCGCCAAAUACUCUUCGACAAGUCGGGGGGUUUUCUUCUCAUUUCAACCACUAACUCCGAUGCUGUAUACGCAACAGCAGAUGGGAGUCCUGUUGGUUCGAUAAAAUUCACCGCACAAGAGCGAUCGGUGUGGAAAUGGUUGCCCGGAACGGGUGCCCAAUACAACCAGUGUUUUAUUCUUAUUGUCGAUCGCAGACUGAUCAUUUACUCGGCUGAAGCCUUCCCCAACCCUAUUGAUAUAGGGACAUUGUCUCUCGACUAUCCGGUAGAAACAGGUUUUGCGGAGACUGAGAUCGAGACUGCCGCCAUGCAACCCGAGACUUCACUGUUGAUCAUCAAUAUUCGCCAACAAUGUGGGUAUAUGACAAAUUCGAUGGUUUUUCUCUUCCGGAUGCCAGCUUCGGUCCCAGUGACAAGUGAUAGCACUCUCAGCCCUAUCAUCAAACUCCCUGCUCGUUGCGAUCAUUUUAUCGGUAUCAGCAAACAGGAGAAGCGACUAUUGUUCCUCCAGCACAAGUGUUGGGUGUCAUCGAUUGAUGUGCGCAGGCCGAACCCGAGGCAGUAUUCGCGGCACUUCUUCGUACCUAAUGAGUUUACCUCGACCAGCAGCGAAGUGCUCCCCGUACGCACGGUCGAUGAUGAUAUUGUAUUCUGCUUACAUGGUAACUUGGCCUAUGUGAAGAAUGGACUAAAAUUUGAAGAGCUCAGACCGUUAGAACCUUGAACUGGGAGGGGAUGAUAUUAGUAUGGUGUUGGUGCAUUCAAGCGAAACCCUCAUAUCUUGAGAGAGCGUUGUACGAUAGAUUGACCAACUGGAGGUCGACUACGGUUGUCUGGCUGCACAAAGAGGCUUCAAGUAUAUAUCCCUAAAAACUAGUUGCAUUUAGGUAGCCUCCCAGUCAAAUUUGAUGGAAUUUCAUCGCCUGCGACCAGCUCCUCUGUUUCGAUUGGGUUCGUCCCUUGGACCAGAGCCAGGUCACAAAGGACCAAU